AUGCUCUCGCGCUCCGCCUCAUCCUCGUCGGCCGCGAGGGGCAUGCCGAGCCUCUACAUGGAUCCUUCACAACAGCAUCAACAGCAACAACAGCAGCAGCAACAGCAGCAGCAACAGCAGAGAUACGGCGCGUACGGCUCGAGAGACGCCGGCGUCGACUACAAUCUCGGCCAUCCGCAAUCGGACAGCAUGGCCUUUCCGCCGUCAAACCCGGGCGUGAACGACAAGCCCGCGCCGUACAGAGACAGCUAUGCGCAGUAUGCCUCGCACGAUUACGGGCCCACGCACGCGCCGCACCCCCCGGCGAACGGCAACCAUCCGUUCCAGUUUGAGCUGCACGAGCACGAGCAUCAGGGCCAUCGCCGCGGAUCGCUGUCGCUCGCGAGCGACGACGGGAGCGUCGCGGCGCACAGCCAGAACGGGAGCGCCGCGAGCCCCUCGCAGCCGUCGUCGGCUGCGUCGAGCAGCGUAAACCUUCCGCUGCCCGGGAUCGGGAUGCACGAUUAUGGCCACCCGCUCAUGCACCGCGGACAUUUACCACAACCACACGACCCGCACGAUCCGCAUCACCAGCACCGGCACCAGUACGGGCUCGCAGGAGGGUACGCAGACUCGGAUGGGCGGCCCGCGUCCUCGUCCUCGUCGACGCACUCUCACGCUCACGAACACCAGCAGCACGCGGACGGCGGGUACCGCGCGCACGGCCAGCCCCAUGUCCACCCUCACGAGGGCGAGGGCGGGUUCUCGAGCGCGUUUGGGCUCAUGUCGCUCGACGACCCUGCGGUGCUCGCGGGCCUGAGCCAGGCGCGCCGUUUUUCGAGGGCGUGCUCGGCGUCCCGGACGCCUCGUCCAGCAGCAGCAGGACUGGAGGCGGAGGAGGAGGAGGAGGGGGCGGAGACGGUGGUGGGGAGGCGGAGGGAGAGGCUGACGGGAACGGGGGGCCGACGCCGGGGAACCUGA